GACGGGCCCGUGCUGCCCGUGCCGUGUGUGCCCGCGGCGGGAGCAGCGCAGAGCCGGGCUGCGCUCCGCUCCGCUCGGCGGGAUGGGCAGGGCGCGGCGGAGCGGCUGCGGGCUGCUCCCGCUCCUGCUGCUGCUGCCGCUGCUCGCCGGGGCGGCGGGGCCGGGGUGCGGCGUCCCCCGCCUGUUGCGCUUCUCCGGGCAGGUGCCCGAGAACAGCCCGGCGGGGACGCGGGUGCGGGGUUUGCGGGUGCCGCUGCGGAGCCUGCUGGGCCCCGGGGAGCCGGCCGGGGAGUGGGCGCUGGAAGGCGAAGGCGCCUCCCGCUUCUCCCUGCAGCGGCGGCCGGGCGGCGGCGGGGGGCUGCUGCUUCUCCGCACCGCCGAGCCCCUGGACCGGGAGGCGCAGCCCGAGUACGGGCUCCGGCUGCGGCGGCGGGCGGAACGGUCCCCCCGGGAGGCGCUGCUGCGGGUCCGGGUCCUGGACCGGAACGACCACCGGCCCCGGCUGCCGCCGGCGCGGCCGCUGGAGGUGGACGAGCUGGUGCCGCUGGGCACGGAGGUGGCCCGGCUCCGCGCCUCGGACGGCGACGAGGGCGCCAACGCGCGCCUCACCUACCGGCCCUGGCCGCCGGGCGCCGGCAGCCGCCUGCUCUUCGUGGUGCCCCGCAGCGGGCAGGUGCUGACCGUGGGCUCGCUGCUGGGGCUGCGCCGGCUCCGCCUCUGCGUGGCGGCUCUGGACCACGGGCGGCCGCGGCCGCUGCGCAGCCCCGCGCGGUGCCUGCGCCUGGCCGUGCGCGGGCGGGGGGCGGCGGGCGGCGCGGGGCGGCGGCGGGAGCCGCGCUCGCUGCAGCCGCCGGGGGCCGGGGCCCGGCGCUACACGGCCCGCCUGCCCCCCGGGGCCCGGGUGGGCGACACCGUCUUCACCGUCCCGAGGAGCCGAGAGCGGGCGGCGGGCGGCUGGUUCGAGCUGGCCGCUCCCGGUGCCACCCCCGUGGGGAUCGACAGGACGUCGGGGCGGCUCUACCUGCGGCGGGAGCUGCGAGCGGGCGGCCGGGCGGAGGUGCUGGUCAAGGUGCACCGCGGCGGCGGAGGAGGUAGCGGUCCGGGAGGGGACGGCGAGGGUGGCCGGGAUGGGGCCGGUUCUCCCCGCGGCGCUGCCGCGAGUGGGUCGGGAUGGCCGCAGAAGGAACGGAUGGGCACGAAGGGCUGCCCCGAAGGAGCGGGAUGCUGA